CUUCGACAUGCCUGAGCCAGCGAAGUCCGCUCCCGCGCCCAAGAAGGGGUCGAAGAAGGCGGUGACCAAGGCGCAGAAGAAGGACGGCAAGAAGCGCAAGCGCAGCCGCAAGGAGAGCUACUCGGUGUACGUGUACAAGGUGCUGAAGCAGGUGCACCCGGACACCGGCAUCUCGUCCAAGGCCAUGGGCAUCAUGAACUCGUUCGUGAACGACAUCUUCGAGCGCAUCGCGGGCGAGGCGUCGCGCCUGGCGCACUACAACAAGCGCUCGACCAUCACGUCUCGGGAGAUCCAGACGGCCGUGCGCCUGCUGCUGCCCGGGGAGCUGGCCAAGCACGCCGUGUCCGAGGGCACCAAGGCCGUCACCAAGUACACCAGCUCCAAGUGAGCUCUCCACAAGUUGCGCAGAACCAAACGGCUCUUUUCAGAGCCAC